CUCCCCUUCCAGCUUUUUUUUUUUUAAGCCCCUGGUGGAAGGCAGGCUGGGCUGUAGCGCCCCAACUUUACUGAACAUGAGCAAUGCAGGAAGUCACAGUGGUGACAUCAGCGGGCAAAUAUCUGGAGCUGGUCCGGGCAGCAGCUGAAGGAGCCCAAGAGACAGAGAGAGAGACAGAGAGACAGAGAGAGAGAGAGAGGUAAAAGCAGGCAGCGCUCCUGAGCCCUGAGCCCGGGGGAGCGGGCAGCAGAGGAAUCUGCACAGAGAGCCCAGCUUCCUGACAACUCCAUCUGUGAUAUUUCACCUUCAAAUUUCUAAUCCCCUCAUUCCAAUGGAUGUGCAGCAAAGCAGAAUCUGAUGCGCAGUUAAGGCUACUGAUGACAGUCAUGUCCCACUCAAAGGACCUCAAAGAUGACUUUCACAGUGACACAGUGCUCUCCAUCUUAAACGAACAACGAAUUCGGGGAAUUUUAUGUGAUGUCACUAUCAUUGUAGAGGACACCAAAUUUAAAGCCCACAGCAAUGUCCUGGCAGCUUCAAGCCUUUAUUUCAAAAAUAUAUUUUGGAGCCGUACUAUCUGCAUUUCCAGUCAUGUCCUGGAGUUGGAUGACCUCAAGGCUGAAGUGUUUACAGAAAUACUUAAUUAUAUCUACAGUUCCACGGUUGUUGUAAAGAGACAGGAAACAGUGACUGAUCUUGCAGCUGCAGGAAAAAAGCUGGGAAUAUCAUUUCUGGAAGAUCUUACAGAUAGCAAUUUCUCAAACUCUCCAGGUCCCUAUGUAUUUUGCAUAACAGAGAAGGGUGUGGUUAAAGAAGAAAAAAAUGAAAAACUAUCUGAAGAACCAGCUAUUGCCAAUGGACCAAGGAUCACAAAUGCAUUUUCCAUCUUUGAAACUGAAAAUAAUAACAACAUGUUUUCUCCCCUGGACUUGAGGGCAAGUUUUAAAAAGGUCUCAGAUUCAAUGAGAACAUCGAGCUUUGGCCUAGAAAGGAAUGAUGUCUGCAAUGAGGCUGAACCCGUCAGGACACUAGCGGAACAUUCCUACGCUGUUCCAUCAGCGGCUGAUGCUUUUCAAGGACGUCCUUCGUAUGAGCCUGCUGCCAGCCCACCUUAUAUAAGAAGUGAAGAAAAUUGUGAUGAGGUGCCAGCAAAGACACAAACGUGCAGGACCCCCAAGACACCCCCAAGACCCCAAGCUUCCAGUUCAGCAGUGGCAAAAAUACCACCCCCUCAAGGAACCAGUACAGAGGUUCAUCGAGAAGAAACCCCAGAUCCAACCAUUCCUUCCAGUUCAGAUUCUCACAAGAGUCAAGAAGACAACCAUUUUCCCAAGGAAAAUGAAAACCCACCUGCUAACAUUCCUGCUCCUCCCCCUCUUCCUCUUCCUCCUCCUCCUCCUCCUCCUUCUUCUUCUGUUUACGACUGCACUUUUUGCUCCAAAUCAUUUGAAAAUCCAGCCUUACUGGAGUCCCACCUGCAGCUUCACACAAAGCCUCCGGAAGCUUUCAUGUGCAAAUACUGCGACAAACAAUUCACCACCUCCAACAGGCUGGACAAGCACGAGCAGACCUGCAUGAACUCCGACCGUCUCCCCCUUCCUGGUGGAAACCAACCGAGCUUUUCAUCUCCAGAUGGAAAAACUGAAAGUUCCUACAAGAGUCCCGAAAUGCAGUCAUCUGAGAACAAGGUGGGGGAACAUUCUGGCACAAGCCGGCCCUUGCCAGACGUAGAGCAUACAGUGAAGGUCGUGGACGGGCAGAUACUCUACACGUGUGUCGUGUGCAAGCGCAGUUAUGUAACUCUAUCCAGUCUCCGAAGACACGCCAACGUCCACUCGUGGAGAAGAACGUACCCGUGUCACUACUGUAGCAAAGUGUUUGCUUUGGCAGAGUACAGGACCAGGCACGAGAUCUGGCACACCGGAGAGAGACGGUAUCAGUGCAUCUUCUGCCUUGAGACUUUCAUGACUUACUACAUCCUUAAAAACCAUCAGAAGUCUUUCCAUGCAAUUGACCAUCGGCUUCCCGUGAAUAAGAAGACAGCCAAUGGAGGUCUGAAGCCUAAUAUCUAUCCUUACAAGCUUUACAGACUGCUGCCUAUGAAAUGCAAAAGGGCUCCCUAUAAGAGCUACAAAAGUUCUUCCUAUGAGCAUUCACAAGAAAGCAGCCAACCCGGUGAGCCUGUUCCUAGUUCCUGCAUUAUUAAGAAUCCGAGAAGCUCUGAACUGCCUGCUUUAACUCUCCAAGACAAUGUGAAUAUGCUGUCACAUAGCCCAGCCACUUCACCCAAUGCCCCUUCAGGUAAAGAAGCCCACCAGGCUACAGAUCCUCAAAACGGGGCCUUGUGGGGAGGAGGAGCAGCAGCAGCAGGAGGAGGAGGAGCAGGAGGAGGGCUGCUGAGCCCUGUUAAAAAUAACUUUAGUCCUGCUGAGAAGCCAGUUCCCUCAGGGGGAAGAAGUCUUGCUUCUGGCUCACAGGGUGGAGGUGAUGUGACAAUUCCAUCCUACAGUAACGUCAGUGAAAAUGCCACAUCGGUCAUCAGCUACAGCAGCUCAGCCCCCUCUGUCAUUGUUCACAGCAGCCGGGUUUCCUCGGUGAUAAUGCACAGUAAUACAGUCACUGCCAUGACAAGCAGUAAUGCCAUCUCUUCAAACACUGCUGUUAACCAUUCCCCGAGAGAUGACAGUAAGCAUGCUGAGAGCUUUGGCAAAAUCCCUAGCAAGAUCAAAAGCAUUAAGGAGAAGAAGAGAGUUAUGCCCUACAACAGGGGAGAAACAUUUGAGGAGGCAAAGUAUGCCACCAGUUCUGGAGGUCCUUCGAGUAAAACCACUAGCGUUAUUGAGGAAACUAGUAAAACCGAAACAUACAUUGCAAAACCCGCCUUGCCUGGGACAUCAACCAACAGUAACGUUGCACCUCUCUGCCAGAUAACAGUAAAAAUCGGCAAUGAGGCUAUUGUGAAAAGACACAUUCUAGGGUCCAAACUGUUUUAUAAAAGGGGGAGAAGAUCUAAACACGAGGCUCAGGAAGACAGUGAUACGGAACGGAAAGAGAGCAGUCCAGCCAGGCUGAGCCGAUCCGAAUGUGUGGAAAUGAGUGAAAUGUUUGAUGAUGGCAGUGACCAGGAUUCCACGGACAAGCCAUGGCGCCCAUACUACAAUUAUAAACCCAAGAAGAAAUCCAAACAAUUAAAGAAAAUGAAGAAAGUCAAGUGGAAGAAAAGACAUGGAAACAGGAGCCCAAGCGGUGAACAAUACACAAACUCAAGUGACGGAGACGCUCUUGUCAAAAAGAGCCCUAAGGAAAAGGUCAUUGAAGGAGAAGAAAAUAAAGAGAUGCCCAGCCUUCACUGUGAGCUUUGUAUUGGGGAUAAAGCAUCUGCUGGACACCAAGGACAAACCCAUUGGCAUCAUACCACAUCCAAGCCUCAUGCUUGCGAACUAUGCCAAAAGCAAUUCCAGAGUCCUUCCAACCUCAAAAUGCAUAUGAGAUGUCACACUGGAGAGAAGCCUUACUCUUGCAAAACAUGUGGAAGGUGUUUUUCCGUUCAAGGGAACUUACAGAAACAUGAACGUAUUCAUCUUGGGGUCAAAGAAUUCAUCUGUCAGUACUGUAAUAAGGCAUUCACUUUAAAUGAAACCCUCAAAAUCCAUGAAAGAAUUCACACGGGGGAAAAACGUUAUCGUUGUCAGUUCUGUUUGCAGAGCUUUCUGUAUCUGUCCACCAAAAGGAAUCAUGAGCAGAAGCAUAUCCAUGAGCAUAAUGGAAAGGGCUAUGCCUGCUUUCAGUGCCCCAAAAUUUGCAAAACAGCAGCUGCCCUGGGGAUGCACCAAAAGAAACACUUGUUCAAAAGCCCCAGUCAGCUGGAGAAAAAAGAGGGCGGGGGCAAUGAAAUCUCUAAGCCUUUUGAGAGUCAACAUUUCACUGACUCGGGUGGAAACAAGAUGAAGGAAACCCUACAUACUACGUCUGAAGAUGUUCUCCUUUGAUUGACAGUGGUGGGAAACCCACUAGACAAUGAUUUUCUUUUUCUUUUUAGGUAACAGACAUAAAUGGGUGAAGUAUAGAGGAAAUUCAAAUUUGUAUAAGUUUCUGAAACAUGACACUUUUUCUUCCUGUUCAUAGGUUUCAGCAUUAACUAUAAAAGCAAAAUGCACCAGAACAUAAAAACUGAGGCUUUGUAUUCCCCAAGUAUCAUGAGAGGGUAAAUGAUAUUCUUAGCUACAAUACUUCUGCCAGUGGGUACUUUGUAAUUUCAAAAGAGAACGAAUCAGCCUCACACAUUUUUUGUUGAGCGUUGUUAGAAGCUGCCAAACUGGCUAUGAAAUACUGAACUUGAAUCACUUUGAAGAAAAUAAAAGUUCAGAUGCCACGAGAAUGUCAACUUCACCAGUGUGUUAAAAGGUGAAUGAAAUAUGUCAUCAAUGCUUUUUUUCCCCUGUCCAAUUUCAAUACUGUUAAAAUUUUCAAAAGAUAAACUUUUGAUAUUGGAUGAAAUUCUACAUGGUUGGGGGGAAAUUAUGAGAGGAGUAACCUAAAGAAAAGCAUUCAUUCAUCUUUUCUUGUAAAACAAAUCUUGUAAAAAAUAAUAUAACCCCAUAGUUUUACACUGUCCAUGUUCAGUUAGAAAAUGAAAGUGAUGGAGGGAAAGUAGGUCUACAAAUGAGAAUUUAGGAAAAAUUGAUAAAGGGUAUUUUCGGUAUGGCCAAAUACCUAACAAGAAUACAGUGUGCGCUACUGGAUAAAGUUCUCUUGAAGUUAUGGCUGAUCAACUAUGGGGAUCUUGACAUCAGUGGUCUACUUGGUAUCUCCCAAAACAUGUUUUACCACACUACUAAAUGUACCAGCAAUUACUUAAACUGCAUAUUGCUUCGAUUUAGCUUUAGAACGUCUCAUCUCACCUCUGAGGUGAAGAAGAGUCAAAUUUGGCUGAACAUGUCUGCAGUCUUCCAGGCACCAUUCAAAUCUCAGAAGGCUACCAUUUCAAGGCAGACCCAUCCAAUCUCAAGAGCUCAAAUGAAAUGGGACUUUCCCAGCUCCACUGGGCAAGUAACUGAAAUGCUUCAAGAAAGGUGAGCUUGUGGUCGUAAACUGCCAAGCAUUUGAUUGUGCCACAACGCCCAACUCCUACCGCCGUGGAAAGACUGGGUAGUCUAUGUGAGCUACCUUGCAAGAGUGAGAUACUUAGGGAAACUGUAGAAUUUCUAUCUCCACUUAUCACCUAGGAUGGCCAGAGGAAGUGAGGCCCUUAGUCCCCUAAAUCCAAACAUUAGCACUAUUGUACUCCUGGACAAUGUGUGUAAAAGUGGGAUGUUGAAUGAUUAAAGAGGCUUACUGCUCCCCUACUUAUCUGACUCCUGUGAAAUUGAACCACCGAUCUAGAUGCCUCUCUUCAGUCUUAGGUAACAGAUACCUUGCCAGAGACCUCUAUGUGUCCCCUAAUAUCAUUUCCAGGUGACAAGCACCCUUAACAUUUUCCCCCAAAGACUGACUAGUUGCUGCACCUACUUGUCAGAUUAAAGAGGUUCACAUUGUUUCUUCCCCAGAAGGUGUAGGACUCCCCGAUUCUGACUUUCCGCACCUGCCAGAGAGGGGGGAUACAUUCCUGACCUGUCUCCUCACAUAAAAUCCACAUCUAUAAGCCACCAGCCAAGAGCUCAAGGGAUGCCCUGCAAUCCCUGACAUCAACCUGGAGUGCACUGGGCCCUCCAGUACGGUACCUGGCACGGUCAUCUGCAGGAGGAUCCCGAGGGCAUUCAGCCCUUCCCUUUGUGCUGCUCUGAAGUCUCUAUGAAGAGGACUUUUGUUCCACUGGGUGGGCAAGAAUGCAUCUUAGCAAUCCAGAGAAGGAUGGGAUGGAAACUGACCUUUCAUUUUGUAGUGCUUUGCUAUUUAAUAACCACAAUACUGCAGCCUCAUUAGCCUCCUGUUUCCAUUUUCACUUUCAUGCAGUAUUAUAAAGGGCAAAAUACAAGUGAAUUUACAUGUUCUUUUAUACAUAACAUACAUGCACUAGUCAUUUACUUUGGGUUUUGUUUAAAAAGUUUUGUAAGAGUCAGAACUAAAAGGUCUUUGUUGAAAUAAUACCUACAGUAUUGAAUAGUUAAUCUUGUGGUCCACUGAUUCACACUACCCUAGAUGAGGGCUAUGUGUCCAGGAGAAGUAUUUUGUUUCAUUAGUUCCUUUGGCUUCAGACAAUGCAAGUUGUGAAGUCACUAUUAUCAGUAGUGAAUUCUUCCAGUCUGCACAUGUGGGAUAUUUUCUAAGUGGACUUGUAUGCUGAUAAUUCUAGACCAAAGUAAAUAUGGCAGAAUAUUUAUACAUGAAAAGAUAAUUUUACAGAUAUUUUCUAUAAUUGUAUCAUUCAUAAAUAAAAAUAAAAAUGAAAUGCUGAUAGCUUGUGUUCGUUUGGGGGGAGGGUUGUAUAUUUUGAUUAAAAAACAAAACAAAACAAAAAAAACACCAAACCUUGACUUUGUAAUUCUGUAUAUUCUAUACAGUUUCUAGCAGAGCAGUUUUAAGACAGCAUCUUAAUGUUUAUAGUCAAUUGUGGAAAUCUUAUUUUAAGUCCUAUGUUAAAGUAACGAGUCGAGUACCAAUGACCAAAUUAGAACUGACAUAAAUGUAAACUGAACAUAUCGUAUGCUGUACAUGAUAUAGACUGUCACUUGCUAUGUUAUAGCAUCUGUAUUUUGUUUAGAAAAUAUUAUUAAAUGCAGAUGUAAAGGAUUGGAAAAAGUCUAAUUUUAUUUUUAGAAAGAAUGAAUAUAAACUUGGUUUUGCUUGAUUAAAAGCUGGCUUAUUCUGAUUUCUAGUCUCUUUUUAAAUAUCUCGAAUGGUCAUUCUUUUGCACCAGUGGGCACUAUGCUUUUACAGACUGAUGUUGAACAUUUGACUUGCCUGCUGUAUUUCUAUUUCCUUGUUUGUUCAUGCAUAGUGAAAUGGUAACAUGGCAGUGACCUUCCAAUCUAGGACUAAGGAGGAACGUGGCAUUUUUAGAAGGUGGCACCAUGAAAGACAAAAUACUCCGGUAUUUUGGUUAAUCUUUAAAGUAUGGUCCAUUGCACAGAGGUGUUUGAUAAAUGUUGGAAUGAAUGAAUAAAUGAAGAUGCUAAUACAUGA